AUGUCCGCCGUGCCGGAUCCGGAAAAGGGGUCCCACGCGGCCGAGACCGCGACAACCACAAGCUCCGGCCAAGACUCACCGCACCUCCGCCCACUCAAGCCCGUUGACUCUCGGCACAGCCGCCGGAGCCGGGCCUUGUCCCACUCCUCCACCGACACCGACCCCCUCGAGCCCCUUUCUCAAGCCCUCACCCCGGACCUCGAGACCGAGGCCGAGCACGCUGCCCGGGAGCCCAUCACCUACACGCGCACCGGCACCAGCAUCGGCAGCACCGCGUCGCGCCCGCCUGAUUUCGAGGUCACCUUCGAGCCCGGGGACCCGGAGAAUCCCAAGAACUGGCCGUUGUGGUACCGUGGCUGGACCAUCUUCGUCGUAUCUUUCUCUACUUGGGUCAUUGUCUUGUAUAGCACUAGUUACACGGCUUCUAUUCCCGGUCUCGUUAAGGAGUAUGAGUCGUCCACCGUCAUCGCGACGCUGGGCGUUACUACCUACCUCCUCGGUCUCGCUGCUGGUAGUCUUAUCGUCGCCCCGAUGAGUGAGCUCUACGGUCGCCAAGUUGUUUACAUCGUUUGCUUCAUCAUCUCAGCCAUUCUCAUCAUUCCAUGCGGCUUGGCAAAGUCUUUGACGACACUUAUCGUAGUCCGCUUCUUUGGUGCCCUCUUUGGCGCCGCUUUGAUAGCAAACAGCCCCGGAACCGUCGUCGAUAUCGCCGAUGAGGAGUACCGCGCCCUCGCCAUGUCGUUCUACAGCAUUGCCCCUCUCAACGGCCCUGUCACCGGUCCUCUGAUCGGCGGCUUCGUCUACCAGUACCUCGGUUGGAGAUGGACCAACUGGGUUGUUCUCAUCAUCGCCGGCUUUGCCAUCUGUCUCAUGUUCACCAUCAAGGAGACCUACGCCCCGACUAUCCUGCAGCGUAAGGCCGCCCGCCUUCGCAAGGAGACUGACGACCCGCGCUGGUGGUGCCGCUAUGAUGAGAAGGUUUCGAAGCUGCACCUCAUCAAGAUCAACCUCAGCCGUCCUUUCGUGCUAAGCUUCACGGAGCCCAUCCUAUGGUUCUUCAACAUCUGGAUCUCCCUCAUCUACGGCAUCCUCUACCUCUGCUUCGUCGCCUACCCGAUCGUCUUCUCCCAGCACCGCGGCUGGGGACCGGGAACCUCUGGCCUCGCCUUCCUCGGCAUCGGUGUCGGCACCAUCCUCGCCAUUAUCAGCGAGCCCAUCUUCCGCCGCAUCAUCAACGCCCACCCCAAGGACCCCGUCACCGGCCGCGUUCCGCCCGAGGCCACCGCCCGCGUCAUGACCAUCGGCGCCAUCCUCACCCCGAUCGGCCAGCUCGUGUUCUCCUGGACCUGCCUCCCCGCCUCGAUCCACUGGGCCGUCCCGAUCGCGUUCGGCAUACCCUUCGGCGCCGGCAACACCAUCUCCUUCAUCUACGGCUCUAACUACCUCGCUGGCGCCUACGGCAUCUACGCGGCUAGCGCGCUCGCGGGUAACGCCGUCAUGAGGUCGAUGUUCGGCGGGACGCUGCCGCUCGCGGGGCCGAGCAUGUACAGGGCGCUGACGCCGCAGUGGGCCGGCACGCUGUGCGGUCUGCUCGAGCUGGCGCUGAUUCCCAUCCCGAUUAUUUUCUGGAGGUACGGCGAGAGGAUCAGGGCUAAGAGCCCCAUCAUCAAGCAGAUGAGGGAGGACCAGGAGAAGAACGACAGCAAGCGCGCCAAGGCGCAGGCGAAGCUCGCGAGGAAGAGGGAGAGGGAGGCCGCCGCUGAGGCUGCGGCUGGAGAGAAGAAUCCCGGUGUGUUGGAGAGCGAUGAGCAGACUCAGGCCAGAGAUUUUGAGCAAGAGACCGGCGCUGGCAAGUCUUGA